UCGUCGGCGGCGCCACCUUUGUUUCGAGUUAAAGCAGUUCCCCUGUCCCGCCGCUGAAGGAACCACGCUUCGAUUUGCAGCGAAGAAUUUUCGAGAAACCCAAUAUGGCUAUGGCCUCUCUUUUCAAUCACAUGUCCAAGUCAUUGCCUCACAAACAUUCAUCUGCUAAACUCAGCAGAAGCAUACAACACUUGGUAUCAGCUUAUAUCAAUUCAAAUCCACUCAACCCAUCAUUCCAAGCAAGAUAUAUGACCACUGCUAUGACAAAAGUUGCUGGCUUUGAUGAAAUGGUUUCUAGCAAGCAGAGGAAAUUUUAUUUGCUAGGUGGGAAAGGUGGUGUUGGGAAAACAAGUUGUGCAGCAUCUCUUGCUGUAAAAUUAGCCAAUCGGGGUCACCCCACUAUUGUGGUGUCUACAGAUCCUGCGCAUUCACUAAGUGAUUCUUUUGAUCAAAAUUUGACUGGAGGGAUGCUUGUUCCUGUACAAGGUGUGGAUUCUUCAUUAUAUGCUAUUGAGUUAAACCCUGAGAAGGCAAGGGAAGAGUUGAGUUCCAAAGGGCAACAUGAUGAAGGUGCAGUUAGAAACGUCAUGGACAGUAUGGGCCUCGGGGGGUUUGCUGGCAUGAUGGGAGACCUCAAACUUGACGAGCUGUUGGAAACUUCCCCUCCUGGUCUAGAUGAAAUUGUUGCAAUUUCCAAGGUCAUGCAAUUUUUGGACUCACCAGAGUAUAGCAAAUUCAGGCACAUUGUGUUCGAUACGGCUCCCACGGGUCACACACUUCGACUAUUGUCGUUGCCAGAUUUCCUUGAUGCAUCUAUAGGCAAGAUGAUGAAGAUCAAGAAGAAGAUAGCUUCAGCAACAGCAGCCCUUAAAUCUGCAUUCGGAAAAGGAGAACCACAGCAAGAUGAUAAUGACAAGUUAGAGCAGCUAAGGUUAAGCAUGGGAAGAGUGCGAGAUCUUUUCCGUGACCCAGAGACCACAGAGUUUGUGAUCGUAACAAUCCCCACUGUGAUGGCAGUCAAUGAAUCUUCAAGACUAUGUGCAUCCUUGAGGAAGGAGAUGGUUCCAGUGAACAGACUAGUCAUAAAUCAAUUGCUACCUCCAUCUGCUUCUGACUGCAAGUUUUGCUCAAUGAGAAGAAAGGACCAAAGACGUGCUCUUGAUAAGAUCGAGAAAGACCCUGAGCUGGCUAAACUGAAGCUAAUCGAAUCGCCCCUAGUUGAUGUAGAGAUAAGGGGUGUCCCAGCUCUCAAAUUUAUGGGGGAUAUGGUUUGGAAAUGAAGCAUUCAUAUUGAUAGUUAGUUGUUCUUCAUCUCACUUCGAUAUAUGUGUCAAGAAGUUCAUUAGAUAUCUUAUUUAUCGUCCCGUUUCAAAUGCGAGGGAGCAUCUUGCAAUCUGUAGAUGGAACUAAGACAGAAUCUGAUAAAUCGAAUCUUCCUUCAUUUACCCUUUGCAAAUCUAAUAAAUACAGUUUCUUCUUUGUCUA